CUUGGAAAUCCUGUCACCGCCUUUUUUCCAUUUCUGCGCAACGGUGGUGAUUCGAUGACGUAGGUGUAUAAGCUCUCACGGUGUUAUACGAUGGCAGAAGUGUAGAGGAGGCUUAAAGUCGUGGAACUUCUGCACGUAUUAUCCCUAGAAUAACCUGUAGGAGACGAGCAGACACGUUGCUUAUUGCCGAUGGUCCAAAGUUCCUUAAUCUUCAUUGUACCGCCGAUAACUAUUAUAGGUCUCGUAAGUGCUGUUUUCUCAUCCAUUUCGACCCACAAUGAACACUUAGAAGCAUACAGUCAUUCAAGUGAAAGGAGUGAAGCUUUAGAUCAUAACAAGCAUAGAAAUGAUAAUUUUACUUCUCAAACAGAUUUGAAUGAUAGCUAUUACCGUUAUCAGCUUAAAGAUGGUUUUCAUAAAAAAAAUAGUGAGAGACGAAUUUUCGAUUGGAUUAAUAACAUAAUAGCGAGUAAUGCUUCAGAAAAAACAUUUUCAAGAAGUAAGAAAUCUAAAAAUGGUGACGCUGCUGAUGUAAUGACAAACUACCGUCAGAUAGAACGCAACUUAACAGUUACCCUAACAAAAUUGAGUCACGUUUUAACUCAAAUACUAAAUAUAAUCAAAUAUACAAGACACGAUAAAUUCAAAAGUCUAAAUAAUGCUUUGAAAUCAUCGAUUUAUGAUAAAAAUCGUUACAAAAGAGACGUUAAUGAAACAGGCAAAGAAGAGAAAGAAAUUUUAAACAAUACUAAAGAAGAAAAUGUCGAAAAAGACAAAGACGGUAUGGAUAAUAAUGAAACAGAAAAGGACGGAAGACGAACAAUGCAAGGGAAUCCAUUUGUAAGCAACGAAGUCAAAGAACGACUACUGCAUUACAUCAAUGAAGGUUUUGACGAAAUUAAAAACAAAAUUAAAUCCCUUCAACAGAUAAAAAAUAUGUUUUCGAAUAAUGUUAAUUAUAAAAUCGGUUACAUAAUUGCUAAUCUGGAUAGCUUAGAUGCUAAUAUGAAGAAAUUGAGUGAUCAUUUGAAUGUUAAUAAGCGAUUAUUGAACGAUACGAAGAUACUAAGCCUGUAUGACACCGUGAAAGCAUCAACAACAGCGGUUAACAAUUUAAUGGACGUACUAAAAAAAUAUCUAAAUACUGAUAUAAAUUAAAUUGUAAAGCC